AUGAAACUUAAAAGAAUGAAUGGUAAAUCGUAUGUAGGUUAUAAUAGACAAGGUAAUAAAGUUUUUCAAAAUAUUGAUCGUGAAUCAAGAUCAAUUAAAGUUGCUUGUACAUCAUUAAAAUGUUUAAAAUCAAAGGUACGUUACUGCAAUGUAUUCUUAGAAAACGAAAGACUAAAAAUGUUUGAACACUUUUGGGAAUGCAAUUGGGAUGAGAAAAAAAAAUGUUGUAUAAACAUGAUAAACAAAAAAGAAACAAAACGGUUAACCACAAUUUUUGGAACAGAGAGUCGAAGGCAUUUUUCAUAUACUUACCAUUUAAAAUCUAAUGAUAUUAAGUAUCCAGUAUGUAAAGUAAUGUUUUUAAACACAUUUGGAUUAAAAGAAUGGAUGGUGCGCAAUUGGUUGGACUCAUCAUUUAAUGGACUACCAAAUAUAAAAAGUAUUAGAAAAAAACCUAUUGAACUUGAUAUUAUUGAUGACCCACAACUUGAAGAAGUAUCACCUCGAAGGUUAGUUCAAUUUAGACAAGAUCACUUGAUACAGUGGUUUGACAGUUUGGCGAAAAUGCCUAGUCAUUAUUGCCGAAAAAAAACAAAUAGAUUAUAUUUGGAAGGUCCAUUCUAUAUCAAACAAGAAGUGUGUAUACAGCAUAUCAACUAA